CAAAUGGAGUUGACAUUGAUGGUUUUUACGCUUGUGUGUUGGGUGUCCGUAUGGGCAGACGACAGAAUAAUCUCAGAUAGACACGCGGUUUACUGGAACAGCUCAAACCCCAGGUUCUGGCAUGGAGAAUACACAGUGGCAGUCAGCAUUAAUGACUAUUUGGAUGUGUACUGUCCCUACUAUGAAACCCCUCAGCCCCACAGUCGUAUGGAGCGUUACAUUCUGUUCAUGGUUAACCAUGAGGGUUACACGUCCUGUGAACACCGCAUGAGGGGCUUCAAACGCUGGGAGUGCAAUCGACCCCAGAGCCCCGAUGGACCCCUCCGCUUCUCAGAGAAGUUCCAGCUCUUCACGCCGUUCUCUCUGGGCUUUGAGUUUCGCCCAGGGCACGAGUAUUACUACAUAUCUUCUCCUCAUCCCAACCAUGCUGGGAAGCCUUGCUUAAAGUUGAAGGUGUAUGUGAAGCCCACAAAUGGUUCGGGCUACGAGUCCCCAGAGCCUUUCCUGACUGAUCAGAGCCCUGGAGGUACAGCAGCCACCCCACACCCCCUCCUGCUGCUGUUGGCCGCACUCUGGAUGCUGGUGCUGCUUUAG